UCGCGAAACAUCACAGUGACGACAAUACGCCUUCCCAGAAUGCCCGCAUUGGACGACAGUUUUGCUUCCGAGCCGCUUAAAGCCACAAUUCUCGAGGUCGUCGAUGACUGGGCUGCUAAAAGACCUUCCGGAAUAGCUGCUGAGUUUGAGGGAGAGACUAUCACGUACGCCGAGCUAAGGACCGCGUCGCUCCAUGUCAGUAGGGCCCUGCUGUCCGCUGGAGUACAUCCAGGGGACAGGGUGCCGCUUCUGACGGACAUGUCGCUCGAGAUGAUCCCCGCCCUGGUGGGCAUUCUAAGAGUCGGAGCUUGUUUUGCCCCCAUGGAUGUGGCCGCCUGGGGUCGCACACGUAUCGAGCAGGCUUUGUCAGAGCUCUCCGCACCCACAGCUCUUGUCACGGGCCACUGUCCUGGGCUACAGCUGCCUAUUAUCACCGUGAACUUCCAAAAGCAAUGGCUGCGUCAAUCUCUGGAAGACACCGAUGGACUGUUCGCUAGGCUAGGUGCAAUCCGCAGCGGACUCCGCCCCGACCAUCUCGCUUGGAUCAUCUUCACCUCUGGGACUACAGGCAAGCCAAAAGGUGUCAUGGUCUGUCACAGAGGUAUCCAGGCACUACUACCGGAGUUCCUAGACUACGACAACCUAGAGCCCGAGGUAGAAGCACGCGGGGUCCGGUGCUUGCUCGCCGCUUCCGUUGCGUUCGACGGGUGCCAGGCAACCGUCUGGGGCACUCUGAGAAGGGGCCGCACGCUGGUGAUGGCUUCGCCAUCAAACUUCCACGAAGUUGCUGGCACGUGUGAAGUGUUGACUCUGACACCAUCAGUGCUGGCAGCACUUGACUCCGCGGGGCCUUACGACCGGCACUGGAUAAGCCCUCAGCGUAGGGUUAUCAAUACCUAUGGGCCGUCCGAGACCACCUGUAUCAUCAGUGUGGGGGAUCUUAGCCCCGAAGGAGAGCCUACUUUCGGCGAGCUGAUGUCAAGCGUGAAGGUCGUACUUGUAGACGCCGAUCUACAGGAGGUUGACGCCGGCGAAGUCAUGAUUUCCGGGCCGGGUCUGGCUGCCGGUUACCUGAACAACGACGAGUACACGGCAACAAAGUUUAUCCAGUGGAAAGGGGAGCGUUUCUACAGAACUGGAGACCUUGCACGGAGACGCGAAGAUGGGCAGCUUGUGUUCAUGGGCCGAGUGGAUUCGCUCGUCAAAAACCGCGGCUUCUUGAUCAAUCUGGAGGCGGAGGUCGAACCAGCGCUGCUAAGCUUUGAUCCUGUCCGGGUGGCUGUAGCUUUUAAGGCGCAAAACGGACGACUCACGGGCUGCGUUCAACCUGCCAGUGUGGACGUAAAUCAGCUACGCAAGUUUUUGCGAGGACACUGUGAUCCCUUCAUCAUCCCCGACAACUUGGUCGCCCUGGACAGUUUUCCGCUGAACCAUAAUGGCAAAACAGAUCGACAUGAACUUAUGUCCCAGCUCGAAUGCAAUGCCAACCAACAGGAGAAGGAUAAUCCAGACAAUGAUGGCCGCUACGAGAAUGAAUACGAUGCCUUGCGCAUAGGCUUUGCCCAGAUUCUACACGUUCCAUUCAAGCAGCUGAACAGGGACUCCUCAUUUACGGCACUGGGAGGGCACUCACUGGCAGCCAUUCGCCUUUCCAACUUUUUGAGGGAGCACGGGCACUCGCUCGUCGCGGCGCAGAUGCUGCGGCUGGACUUGAUCGGACGACUGGAGGAAGCGAUACGCCAGAACAAAGCUCAUCAAGAGAGCAGCAAAGACGAUCUUGAUGAUGGGCCCGCACCAGCCACUGACGUGCAGAAGCUCUUGAUCCGGCGCUCAUUACAAAAUCAAACAAUCUGUGCGCUCAUCGGCGUUGCCACAUAUAUUGGAGAUGCCCAAGCCAUGCCAAGCGCGAGUGAGCUCCAUGAGGCUAUCGUCACUGCAGGCUCAGCACACCAAAUCUUCCAGACGCGCUUCGAUCUGUGCAAUCUGACACUGCACGACCUCGGGCGACUGAACCUCGACUGGCGCGAAGUGAGCGUCCCCAGCGCCGCCGAAUUCGAGGCCGCUUGUGCGGCGUGUGAGCAACAGGCUUGGGACGAGUUGAGAGAGACGACACGCGCGGACGUCGAGAUUCCAUACUGCCAGGUCACCUGUGUUUCUGUCCCCGGACGCAAGGGAUUGGCUCUGGUGACACGAAUGCAUCAUAUCUUGACCGAUGUCUUUUCGACUGCUCUGUUCUGGAAGGACGUAGAGUGCGCGUUGGCGGGCCAGGAAGUCCCACGAGGGCCACGGAUACAAGACUUUGCGCGCUUCACGCGUGCAUAUAAACGAGACAAUUUGGCCCGAGCACGCAUCAUGUUCGAGAAGAUGCUCGAGAACCUGCCAGUGACGGCCGUGCUGCAGCCUCCCUGCCCGAGUGCACAGCACGCACAGAACACGCAGCUUGGUUUGGUCAAUCUCGACUCGCCGGUCACUGUGACCAAGGCCGCGCUUGAUCAGGCGGCGCGCAGCCAUCGUGUCACGGCGACUACACUUGUCUACGCAGCUUGGUCCCUCUUCCUGAGCAGCAUAACCACGUGGGACCGUGUGGGCUUUUCCGUUAGCCUCUCUGGGAGAACUGUGCCGUGGCCGGAGGCGCAAUACGUGCUGGGGUCGCUGGUCAAUAGGGGCAUCUUCUAUACUCAUGUUGCACCAAAAGCCAAGGUGCACGAAUGGCUCGCUGACGUGCACAAGACGACUUUGGAUCUCAUCGAGGUCGACGGCCUCACACAUGGACUACCCGAAUCGCUUAUGGCAGACCCACGCACCAACACGACCAACGUAUUGUGCUUUCUCGACGCGCCACAGCUCUCCCCUAAUUGGAGCUACCGCGACCAUCAAGGGCACAACUACCUCAUUGACUGGUAUUUAUUUCCGGAUGCCAACGGAUCCAUCAGAACUGUGUUUGAAGUCCAGGCUCAACGCGUUGAUAUGGACUGGGCGAAAGCUGUAUCACACGUGCCUGGGCGGUUGUUGGACCGGCUUGUCCAUUCCACGCCCGAGACACUGGUAGGCCAUUUGCUGAGAUAG